AAGGCUUCGGCAGGCGCGAAGUACGUGUAUUGCUUAGCUCAGAAAAUGUGGCGGGUUAAUGAACGGACAAAGUGCCUUACAGUGACCCGGCAGGUCACUGCGUUCCCCUCCGGCCGCCGGCUUUGGGCGUGGGUGACUGCAAAGGGGUCCGCGGGCGCGGCGCGGCGCGGCGCGGCCACCGCUGCCUGGGGGGCGGGGGCCGCAGCCUUUGUGCCGAGGCUGCUCCCGGCUCCCGCCGCUGGGGGGCGGCCUCCGGCCCGUCGACCCCCAACAAUAGGCAGGGGUGGGGAGCCGCGCGGUCCCGGAAACUUUUCCCUCGUGUCUCCGCCGCCCGGGAGCGCGUUGCUGGGCGCGCCCAUCCCCGCCCGGGAUCGGUGCGCUCGUCCGGGGCCGCGGCGGCGGAACCGCUACCAGAGAAGGGGGCGCGGGGCGGCAGCGGCCAGGGCUGUCCGCGGCCGAGGGAGGCUGCGCCCGGGUCCCCGGCCACGCGGGAGGCUCGGACACUGCGGCGGGCGGAGCCGAGCCGUGCCAUGGGGGAGGCGCCCAGCCCCGCGCCCGCGCCCUCGCCCUCGCCCGCGCCCGCGCUCUGGGACUGGGACUACCUGGACCGCUGCUUCGCCCGCCACCGCGUCUGCAUCUCCUUCGGCCUGUGGAUCUGCUCCUCCUCCUGCUGGAUCGCCGCCCACGCGCUGCUUCUCUAUCUGAGAUGUUCAAAGAAACCCAGACGGGACCAGACGGCGCCGUGUGCUGCCUGCUGCCUCCUGACCAGCCUGUGUGACACCGUCGGGGGGAUUCUGGCCAGACAGCUCACGAUCCAGGUUUUCACUGGUGCCUACCUGGCAGCUGUUGACUUGGUGAAUUUUGUGUUCAUUCUCUUCCCAGUCUGCGGCUCCAGAUACAAGCCUAAUUCGGGUCGGGGCUCCCGGGAGAGGAAGAGGAAGCGGCGGCUCAGGGCCAGCCUAUUUGCCCUGGCCCUGCCGCUGAGUCUGGGCCCUGGCUGGGCCCUCUGGGCCGCUGUCCCGAAGGCAUCAGGCCUCGUCCGAGGGCCGCAGCGGAGGCUGCUGGGAAGCUUUCUGCAGGACAACACCGAAAUCCUCGGCUACCUGCUGGGUGGCAUCGCUGCCCUCGGCUCCUGGGCCUCCCGGAUCCCCCCGCUCUCCAGAAUCUGCCGGGGUAGGACGUUUCCCUCCAUCCACCUGUGGACCCGGCUCCUGUCGGCCCUGGCUGGCCUCCUCUACGCUUCAGCCAUCGUGGCACAUGACCGGCGGCCUGAGUACCUGCUUCGGGCCACUCCCUGGUUCCUGACCUCCCUCGGCCGUGCGUCGCUGGACCUUGCUAUCAUUUUCCUUUCCUGCGUGAUGAAGAGCAAGAUGAGGAGGGCCUUAGGAUUCACCUCCGAAGCCAGAGGGAGCCCAGACACCCAAGCCCUUUUGACCUGUGCAGAGAAAGAGCAAGAAAACGAGGAGGCGAGGAACGAGAAUACAGAUUGGGUGCCUCUCACCACACUACCGCGCUGCAAGUCACUCAGGACGAUGGCAGCCAUCAGUCCCUACAUGGAGCUGACCAUCGAGCCAGUGCAGCAGGUCUCCUUUCCCCAUCACGGCUGCUGGCUCCUCCUGGUGAGCUGGACUUUAAGGUUGCAGCGCCCCCAGCUCUGCCCUCGGAGGUCUCCCUUCUCUUGGUACACUCUCCCAGUCCCGUCAUCCCAGCGCUCUCAAGACAGCUCUUGCUGGUUUCCCCGGAGCAGGCUGCAGCGCCACCAGGCUGCCCGGCGACGGUCAGACGAGCACCGGAGACGCGUCCCUGCCGGAGCCCCCCUCGUACCCUCCCGUUCAGGUCAUCCGGGCCCGCGUGUCCUCCAGCAGCUCCUCCGAGGUGUCCUCCAUCAACUCCGACCUCGAGUGGGACCCUGAAGAUGUAAACCUUGAAGGGAACAAAGACAACGUAGAGAUGCUCAGAUCCCAGGCGCACAGCUGCUCUGCGAGGCCAGUGGACUUGACCUCCGACGAGUAACACUUUCUGGAGCCAGCACAUCAGCUCAGAACCCAAGGUCUAGUGUUUGUCAGGAACUGAGCAAGACAACUGAUCAACCUGCAGUGACACCCAUGGCAGGAAUGUAAGCUUCUGCCAAGGCCGCCUAUAAAAGUGAGGAACCAGGAACUGUCACUGAGCCUGGCUGGUCUGAGCUAUGGCUCAGAAGGGAGCUAAGACUCUGGGACCUGUGGACAGACCUGGACAAGCCCAGAGUUUGUUCUGAAGAUUAGAAGCUCACACACCACUCUUGCUUUGAGAUAAAAACCUUCAUCUAAAGGACACUGGACCCUCCUUUCCCUUUCCUUUUAGAUUCAGCGAUACUCUGAAUAUCUGCCAGGUGUCAGGAAGGAGUUUCUCUAACAGUUAAUGUGUUUGGAUCCCGGCAGAGCCCCAUUCUGCAAGACCCAGCUGAGUCUGGAGAAGAGAGGGAUGGGCCCACGUGCUGGGGGUCUGGGACACAGUCACAGAUACUGAUGGGACCUGGCUCCUGCCCUCCGGUCACCUACUUGAGUUUUCUGCUGGAAGUUAGGACUGCUUGGUCAACCACAUGUUUGUGAGAUCACCGGCAUUGCAAGAACAAGCAGGGCAAACUGCUCUAGGUUCCAGGACUUGCUCCAACCGGGCGAGGUGUGUGCUGGGACGGGGUCUGCAGGUGAGAGGCACUGUAUGCUUCAGCAGGUGACUGAGGGCAUGCAGAGGGUAGAGGCAUGGCCAAGGCGUUCAAUCCCAGCACAGCAAUCCCACUGUAGGAUUAUUUUGGUACUGUGAUCACAGGUGAGGGGAAGGGUGGAGGGAAUGGGGCUAAGGCGGGAGGAACACUGAAGGGAAUAAAUCCUGAUGGAGUGAAUUGAAGUAGCUCACUGUGGAACACAGCGAUACGUCUGAAUCCCGGCACAGCCACAGAAGUCUACCACGAGGGGAACUGGGAGAAAUGCCAAGGAACACAGCUCUGCUCCUGGCUGACCCUUGGCAGCCUGUGUGACUCAGCUGCAGCUGCCCAGUUUCUCCUAAGGGGUAGUGCUCGUCCCAGCAGCAUGAACAAGGGGGUGGCUCUAGGAAGCAGGUUGGUUCUGUAGGUCUCUGUGGAGAUCCUAAUCCCCUGGGUGACCUCUGAGCUAGAUGCGAACUUAAAGCCACCGCAAUUAUCCAACUGUUUUGGACCAUGGUUGUCUUACAAUGCAGUUUGCUAAAGUCAGGUUUGCUUUAUGAUCCUAACCACUGAAUCUGUACUUUGAGGGAAGAUGAAGAUUUGAGUUGGGGGGCGCGGGGGAGAGCCUUCAAGCAGAUGAAGCCACACAGAGGACUGGAAGUAGAGAAGGGUGGAAUCUAGUCAAGGAAAGAGGAAUUCGAUGUGGCCAGAAUAGGUGGCACAGUAUGCGCUGUAGGGGGUGGGUGAAGAGGCUGGAAAGGAACCAGACUGUGGAGGCUAAGGAGUUGGCACUUAAUUCUGUGGCUAAUUGGUUGCCAUUGGGAGAUACCAGAGUAGGAAGGUGACUGACAUGCCUCAGGUAGGCCACAGCUGAUGGGUGAGUUUUACAUCCCUAUGGCCACAACUUUUCAGGAAGCAGAAGUGUACAGUCAUGGAUAUAGAAUGAACAUGGGGAACAUGUUUAAUCUGAGUGAUAACAGCAGGGCAGGAGACAGGCUCAUCUUUAGAAAGGCAGAAGGCAUGGUAACAGCAUGACAUCUCUGGAGCUUGCCUUUAGCGCAGCCUCUCUCAGGGACAGGCUGGCUCAUGCUCCCUGGGACAUCAGAAAUUGGUUGGAUCCUACUGGAAAUGGCCAUUCACCCAAGAACAUCAAAUGAUUUUAUUGGCUUUGAGCAGCACAAACUACUUGAGCUCCAGAUGUUGACUGUCUUCCUAGAUCUCAUUGUUCCAGCCUCUUUCUUCACAAAGCAGUUCCUAUCAUGAUACUUCCUAUCAUGGUCCAAGCUUGUCACCCAGGGUGAACCAUUAAACUGAGAAUUUUGGAAGCAGAGUUUGACCUCAUUGUUCAGUGAGAACUGCCUGUGAUGCAAAGGCAGAUUCUCAUUGGGACUGGAAGUGGAUUCUGCAACUCUGGAGCCUUUGUGAAGAGGUGCCAAGCAAAAUGCCUUUCUCCUAGUAGGAGUGUCCCUGACCUGGGCCUCCAAUGCAGCUUCAUCCCCAGUUGUUAGUCAGAAUGGGAGGAUAAUAGGAGUUACUUGCCCUGAAGACUCACUGAGCGGUGCGAGGGGUUACCCACACUUCGGAGAAGCUGAGGAGCAGUCUGUGUAAGCAUCCUCUCCUGCCCACUCAUCUGGGGAUGAGAGAUGCUGUAAUACAGUCUCAGCUGUGCUGCCUAUUAUCUGCAUGGCUUGGAACAUGUUACUUAACCUUUGUGAACUCCUGAGGUAGACGGAGAGUAACACCUACCUAGAGAGCUUGUUGUGAAGACUAAGUGAAUUAACACAUAUGAAAUGCUCAACUCGAUACCUGACUCAAAGUAGAGUUGAAGAGGGAUGAGUUUCUUCCUUCCCUAUACUUCCUGGCCACAUAUGCCCUGAAAGCUGGUGGGUAACCCAAGAAUCAGACCCACAGAUGGAAGGGACUACAGAGGUCUGAAUACCCUUGACAACCCUAAUAAGUGAUUAUCCAGCCCCUACUUAAGCUCCUCUGAAAAAAAAGGAUUUCACCCAUUUUAUCUCCCAAAGAAGUCUUUAUGAUUUAGUAGAGCUCUUAUCACCAAGAUUUUCUUAAAAUCCUGUCUAGAUCCUGAAGAACCAAUCCCCUUAUCCCCCACCAGUACUUCAGUAUGAUGAAGACAUUUAUGAGCAUCAUCUGAUGCCACGCUCACAUCAUGUUUGCUACAAUGGGGUAUGAGCUCCUACACAAUGAGGAGAGGCACUGGGCCAAGGAGCAUGGCUGGGUUCCAGUUCCCAGGUCUGAUUCAUGGUGAGCCUUGUCAAGUCAUUUCCCUUUCUGGUCAUGGUUUCCUCAUCUGUAAAAAUCAAAGGCCAGAUUUCUUUCAUUUUUUGCCCUUUUAUGAAAAUGCCAGAGAACUUUUGUUUCCCACAGAAGACUGACAUCUUUAUAAAUUCUCAAGAUACAGACAUUAAAAUAUUAAGACAAAUUUCAGAUCUACUUGGAAAAUAAGUUUCAUUAUAGAAUAUAUACUUCUUUCUGUUUUGGUUUUACUAUCCAUUAAAGUAACAUUUCCGUUUUACAAAGAAACCAGUCUUUGCUGUAACAUGAAGAAAUCACAGCAUUUGACAUUUUAAAAGUUUGCAGAUUCCUUCCAGUACUGAAAACCAAAAAUUUAUAAAACCUUGUUUCCAAACUCAGGGAUUCUGGUCAUUUCAUUCGCUUUCUUCAUUGAGAGAUUCUAUUAUUGGCAGUUUAUUUUGGUCAAGCCUCAUUCUUGCUAAACCAACUCUUAUACUGAGGGAUAUUUGAAUAUUUCCACAGUGAGAGAAAAAGAAUCUGUACCAAUUAAGGAAAAGAAGGACAGAGAUGUCUUAGGAGUGUCUCAAGACUAAUUUCGCAACACUUCCAAGAUUCUCUCCACUUCUUUUUCUGUCCCUUCUUGAUCAUCCCCCUCCAAAUUUUCCAACCAUGCGGGCGGGCAUUGCUCUACUCUGUUCGGCUUCACAUGAUGUUUUACUGACAUUCAAGUUGAUGCUUUGGCAGAGGUGGCUCUGCCUUGAACGAACCCAAGAUUUGGUGCGAUGGUGACCUGGGUCUCUUCACUGAGCCUACACAUGCCUGUCUGGUAUUAUCCCAAAGGUCAUCACCAGGUGAGAGGGGCAACCUUAGAGAAGUUCAAGGAAUGGUGCUAAAUCAAAUGAUUUUGAGAA